AUGGCGGCCAGGUCAGACAGAACAACUUUAAGGGUUACAUUAGAACAGAUUCGGAAAAACAAAACAAGCAGGGCAUGGAUUAAAUCGGUCCAGUCACAAAUUGAUGAUUUGAGACAGGCUAAUGGUGAGGAAGAUCAAGAUCCAAAAUCUGAUGAUUUCGAAGUGGACGCGGGGCUAUCGGAAGAAGCUAUGGCGAGUGUUGGAUGGGGUACUCCGAAAGAGGAUGAUAUAGAAGGAACGCCGUCAGAAAUAUCCGCAGAGCCCUGUUCUGGAUCAUGGGAGGACAAUUCGACCAGUAAACCCCCUCCACCCUAUCCCCACAGUCCUUUAGAAGAACUUGAAUGUUGGAUAUGUUUUGAAAACAAGAAACUGAGAAAACGCAUAUGCUGUAACUUUCCAGUGUGUGAUGAGUGCAUUGAAAUGUAUCUAAUCACCCAGGUGAACCAGGGAAUAGUCAAGAUUGAAUGUUUGAAGACGGAGUGCAGCUCCUAUGUACACAGAGACGAAAUACUUGCCCGUCUGCCUGCUGAGCUGAAAGACAAAUAUUACAAGUUUCUUGUGGAUGCAAACAAGGAUCCCGAUGUUAAGACCUGUCCUCGAUGUAGUCAUGUCAUGAGACUGAGCGGUCUCAACCAGAGACUAAACACGCAUGCCUUGAAGCUCAAGAAAAAAGACCGAGCUGUUAUAACCAGAGAAGAAAAGAAACAUGUAAAGGAUGGCAUUCAAGUACAGUGUUCAAAAUGUGAACUUGAGUGGUGUUUUCCAUGUCAGGCUCCUUGGCAUGAAGGUGUGACGUGCAAACAAUUCAGAAAGGGAGAUCGCCUUGUCAAAACAUGGGCUAAUGAAUAUCACUAUGGCCAACAAAAUGCUCAAAAAUGCCCCAAGUGCAAGAUUUUCAUUGAGCGAACAACUGGAUGUGACCAUAUGACAUGCUCACAGUGCCGGACCAAUUUCUGUUACCGAUGUGGUGACCGAUACUGGGGGACAAAGCUAUUGGGAGACCACUUCAGCCGCUUCAGUCCAUUUGGUUGCAAGUACAACUUCAUGCCAGAAAGACCAGGAGCCAGGCGAUUCAUUAGAGGAGCUGUUCUUAGUGGUAAGUUGCUGGGUGGUGUAGUGCUGGCUGGUCUGCCCGUGGCUGCGGGUGUGACGUUGCUGGGGCUAAGUGUGGUGGCGCUGCCUGCUAUCGGGGGAUACAGGUACCACAAGAGGAGGAAGAGGAAACAGAUGCAGCGAUACUUUUCCCGCAUCAACAAGCAGGAGCGUGUCUACAGACUGAACACUGAGGCUUUGGACUGCCCUCAAUACAGGCACUGCCCCCCUGCCACCCCGGCUGAGAUGAUCGAUGAGUCUGAAGACGGGACCCAGAACAACCCGGAGUGGGUGGUCCUGGGAGUACAGCUACCAGACUCACGACAGGUGGAGGUGCUGGUGCACCGACCGAUCAACUCGAACUCGGACAGCGAGGAGCAGACGUACAGAACAGAGUUGACCCAAUCUGAUGAGGCUGGGAAUGAGAACGCUGUCAUCACCCUCACUGAUGUGAAAGAAGUAACUGAUGAAGAUGGGUACACACGAGUUAUUGCACAUGUUGUGUCCAAGAUGGCAAAGGAUGAUAGCUCUCCCCAUGAAGAAAAUGAUGACAGUGAUUCCAGCGUGCAGACAGACUUGAAGCAGGUGUCUGAAAAUGAGCUCAGUUUUUCAUCAGAUGAGAAACUUUCAAAGACAGAAUCCAAGGGCUUAGCCUCAGAGGCUGAUUCAAAGCCAGUGUCAAAAACAAAUCGUAAAGAGGAAAAACAAGAUUCCAAUGAAGAAGAAGUUGAACUUGAUGUGAAGGAAAGUAAUGGAUGUUUUGCUAAUAUAUUCUCUAAGAAACUGAAUUCCUUGCAACACACUGCUCAUGAUCUUCAACAGGGGAAGUUUCAGAGCAGUCAGAAGGGGUCCUUGAAGAGCAAAUCUGGAACGUGGGAGAAAGGCAGGAAAAAAGAUGUACACAGUAUCGAUAUCAAAUGUCUUUCAACGCUGGUGACAGCACCCUGCUCUGAGAGCAAGGGAGGUAAGUCACGCGAGGACAUCUGUGCAGUUGAUAAGCUGGAGACAGGUCACGCUGACCCAUGUGAGUGUGACAGUGUUAAACAUGAAGAGGUGGAGCGUUGUGACCGAUGUCACAGCGCCCCUCAGGGCCAUCCGUACCCAUGUGAUGUUGUUACAUAUUUAUGAUUGUCUCGUGGUCAGAUCAAGCCAGGAUAAUUGUACAAGUAAUUUACUGUGGCUGCAUUGGUACUUGGAGCUAUGUAUUUGUCCAUAGUCAUGUACUUUAUAACAAUCUGCAUGAAUUGAAUGAAGAAUAUUUGUGCACAUGUUGUAAGACUGCUGACUAAGAAGAUACACUUCACAUUGCAAAUUGAAACAGAAUUACAAUGUCUAUUUGUUGUUCAUGCCUCCAGCUGGAAACCAUAGCAACACAGAACCGGAUCCUGUAUUGCAGUUUCUAACUUACGGUGGUACAGUACUACUUGCUAAUCUUGAUGACGAUGUAGUAAGGUAUUGGUGUAAUCUACUGUAUUAGCAUGAUUAGGCCAGACCAAUUGUUUGCCAGUUUGGGGGAGUCCUCAUAAAAUUGAGCAAAACUGUUAUGAUUGUUGCAGAUUUUUGUUGUAACUAUUUUCAUGAGGUUAUGAAAUUUACCCCUGAUCUUUCAUGCUUAAUUUUGAACAUAAAGAAUAAACUGAAAAAAAUAAAUAUUUUUUGGGUGAUUUUUUACUGUGAGACUUGGGUGUCCAGGCUAGAAGGUUGUAGCCAAAUGGUAAUUGUAAUUAGGGAAACUUCUCAGCAUAUCAACAUGAUGAACCAAGAAAGACCUUUGGUCUGGCCAAAGACAUGAUAGUGUUAUGAAAAUAACAAGCAUUUAUACUACAUUUUGUCAGUAGUUAUUCUCUUGUACAUUUAUCAUGGCUUGAUGGACAAUACCUAUGGCACCAUUGUGUGAUAUUGUUUCUUUCUUUUGUUAUUAUGGUCACGGAGUGAAGUUUGUUUAUGUAGUAACCAUAGUAACGUCAGUGAGAGUUAGUUGGAGGGACUCGUAUAUUAUAAUAAAAUGUUAUAUAUUCUAAGCUUGCCAAAAAGUAGGGUUGUUCACGUGACUUUAAGUUGACCUUUUCCACCUAUAGAAGUGUUUCUCUAUGCUGAAAAUAUUUGAAUUUAUUGAUUUAAUGUGCCUUUAUCAUAUAUUGGUCAUCCAAGCUUCCAAAAGCUGGGUUUAGUUCUUGAGUAAAGAUUUUGUUUAUUACCAUAACAUUUAACAUUUUACACUUUUAUCAUCAUGAUCAUAUUGAAAUUUUCCAUCAAGUUUUACUGUUUCCUGAACGAGAUUCAAAGUGUCAUGUUUUUCCUUUACAGAAACCAUGCAAUAAAUUUGGGUCCAUAUUGUGAACUUUCGUUAUAGUUUUUGAUAAUGUGUUUAAAACAACAGCUUUAGCUUGUAGAGGCAUAGACACUGAAACUACCAGGGUGACACAAUACUGCAAGGUCACUAUACAAUACGUAUCACGGUACAUGUCAUGGUUUAUAUGUAUCACGAUUCACAUGUUCAUGUCAAAUUGUGUGGAAAGUUCUUGACAAUAAAUAUUUCAGAGCAGGUUCUCAAGGAAAUGCUAGCUGCAGAGCAUAUUUUUCAUGGCUAUAGCUACUGGUAAAUAUUAAAUGCUGAUUACAAUUCAUGAUAUUGUACUGACAAUAAAUGGUAUAGGAAUAUCAGUAACUAUUUUAGAAAGUGUAUCAUCUUAUAUCAAUCCAGAAAAAAGCGUAUCGUGUAUCUUAUUGUUGCAUGAACCUUUGUAUUGUUUCAGCCCUAGAGAAUAUCAUGUGGGAAUGUUAAAGUCUUUGCAUAUAUCAAGCAUGUUUAGUCUGGAAAAGGGGCUUGAAAUAACCAGCUUCACAUAUGUCCAAUUGUUAGAUCUUGUCAUGCAAGUUUGCUUGUAAAUCAUGUGAAAAUUGAAGUCCCUUUGAAUCUCAUAUAUUAAAUCAAGUUGACGUGCUUUAUGCAAGUUACAGUUCACUUAUUGUUACAUUUUUGGAGACUCUGAAUUAGUUCAGUUGUUAUUGCAGACUGUAGUGAUAAGUAAUUUGUAUCAAUCCAGUGACAAUCAUGUACAACCAACAGUUUGUCCACAACAUAUUGACCACGUUGAUAAUCCAGUUUCAUAAUGUUUUUCCAAAGGGAUGGAGGCGGUGGGGUAGCCUAGUGGUUAAAGCGCUGGCUCGCUACGCCAAGGACCCGGGUUCGAAUCCCUACAUGGGUACAAUGUGUGAAGCCCAUUUCUGGUGUCCCCCGCCAUGAGGUUGCUGGAAUAUUGCUAAAAGCGGCGUAAAACCAAAACUCAGUCAGUCAGUCAGUCCAAAGGGAUGAUAGAGUAGGUGCUUCUUUUACUUCCUAGUUGUCUAUUUUGAUACAUCUUGGUCAUGGCAGUAAUUUGAACAUCUCUGGGUUGGAAAGGGUUCUUUUCCAAGGAGGUAUUACAUGAGCCAAAUAUUGUGAUUUGUCCCUUCCCUAUCUAUUAUCAUGAUAAUCAUAAUCCUAAUUAGUGAAUAUGAAAAAAUUAUCACCAGAAUUUGCUAAAAUUCAACAUGUUAUCAGUUUGUUGUGGCCUUCAUAGUUUGGUUAUAUUGCAAAUAUGUCUCUGAUUCAAUAUGUCUUGUAUGAUAGUGUUGUUUCAAAUCAAAAUGACAUGUUGUUUUAAUAUUGGAUCAUGGAUCAUGUUUUAUAUACUAGUAAUCUACAAGUCUCAUGGCUAGGCUUGUUCCAUAAGCAACAAUUGUCGCAAUUGUCAGUCACUGAUAGUUUUGUAAGCUUGUACAGGCUCCCUUGCAAGGUUUUACACAGGAAUCCAAAGUUUACAAUUACACUCUGAAAUAUUGUUUUGGUUCAAAAUUCUUUUUACAGUUCUUACUUUCUUAAUUUCAAAGAUAUUUCAUGUUGAAUUUUGACCAUGUAUUCAGUGCAAUAAUCUAAUAUUAAGCCUUAAAUCCACUUCCUCGUUAUUUGGUAAUAUCAGCGAAUUACAGGUCACCUUGACCCAGCCGUUACUUUAGUUACAAUUAUACAACAUGAUCUGGAAAAUGUUUCAUUUUCAUUUGGUAUGUUAUACUGACAUUUGCUGAAUACUGGACAAGAUACAUUCUUGCUAUGUACAUAUCUUCUCACUUGUUAGUGCUGGAGAUGUGUUGAACUUGUUGAAGAUUGAUCUGUUUCAUGUAUCUUGAAAUCAGGUUUUGUUAAUUUAGUGUCUGAAAUGCUGUGACAUAGGGAUUACUAGUUAAUGCUUUCUUCCCAAGGAGAGUCCAGAUGGGGACUGAAUGUCAAUAAUUUGUUUGCUGAUGUCACAUAAAUAGAAUUCAACAAUU